UGGUACGACGUUAUUCUCAUUUACUCGCAGGAAACCCGAUGCGGGUUUUGUAGACAGGAAGCAGGGCAAAGAACAGGAGGUCUAGUUGUCCCUUUAGAAGAGCAGAACAAGUAGUACUAAGAAGUAGAAGAGCAUCAAGAGCAUUUACUUCUUGAAACAGAGCGGCCAGAAACAACAGGUACCACGACCAGCACUACAGUUGAAGAAGUAUAAAACUCUAUUCAGAUCAUGUCUCGCUCUCGCAGCCGAAGUCCUCCGGCCGCCCGGCGCUCUCGGUCCCGGAGCGGCGGUGCGGGUGCAGCCGCACCAGCCGCACGCAGCGGUAGCGAAGAAAAAGAACCCCGCAGCCACAACAGCAAGGAGCGUUCUGAGCCCGCCCCCGCGCGCGGCCGGAGCCGUUCCGCGGCGCGCCGAAACGGACCUCCCAGUAGUUCCCCCAGAGGAGGAGCGCGUGAGGACGACGAGAAGGAACAAGCGACCAAGAAAAACAUCAAAUCUUCUCCGGGGAAAGUUAUUUACAACAAGUCGUCGCGGUAUCAUGAAAGCGAGGACCGGCGGCACUUGGGCACCACCUUGUGGAUCGGGAAUUUACCGAACACGGUGACGGAAACGCAGGCCCGUGAGGUGCUGGAAAAGUACGGAAAAUUGGUCGACGUCCGCCUGAAAAACUCUGACACCAGCAAGGGCCCGCCCUUCGGGUUCGUGGAAUUCCACGAGAAGCGAGACGCCGAGGACGCGCUGGCCGCAUUGGACGGGAGCACGAAGAUCUGGCCCGACCACGACGAGAAGAUCAGUUGUCAGGUUUCCAAGCCGAAGGGCAAGGGCAAGGGGAAGGACGACUAUGACCGGUACGGAGGAAAGUCUGCCUACGACCGCGACCCCCGCGACUACUACCGUCCUCGCGACGACCACUACCGCCGGGACCGGGACGAGGGGCCUUACUCCCUAUCCAGCAUCAAAAAAGUUCGUGUAAGUGUAAGUCUGUGAAGAUGCAGAAAAUGCAAAAGUGUAUAAUCUUGUCAUGCUGGAUCUGCGUCAAAUACAUAGGCUACUUUCAUACCUGUUUCGACGAAGUAGCUGCGCAUGACAGGUUCUUUUCCCUUUUAAAAAUAUAUGCAAAACAAAUUUGUGAUGCCGCUCGUCCUACAACAAAGUUACACUCACACACUUUUUUUCUUGCAUACGCCCGUCGGGACGACUGCUCCCGCCGCGAGCGCGAGGACAGGUACAAGGGUGGAUCUUCAUACGGUAAGGACCGGUGGAGGGAGGAUCGCAGCCCGUACGGGAAGGGCAAGGGUCGCCGUGACUCCCGCGACCGACGUGGUCGUCGUGACAGCUACGGUGGCGGCAAGGGCCCCAGUCGACGCGAGGCCAGCCGCGUAUGCAUCGCAUAUGUGUCUGGGUCUGGAGCAAGAUUGCUACAUUUGUCAACAUGUCACGCAUGUCCGACAUCAUCUGUGACUGUGACGCAUGGGCACGAUGAAAAGGUCUUCUCUUCUUGCCUGUCAUGCGAAAUACACAACACAUAGGAUCUCACAACUUUGCCAUCCGUGGCGCCGUAUUGAUGCAGUGCGCCUCGGCCUCCCACUCACAACUUUUAGCAUUAGAACUUUCCAGACCAAGACAUGUUUGCAUUUGAUACCCCGGCCGCGGGUACAACUACCCCAGCAAAGGUGGCUCAUACCACGACUCCUGGGACCACAAGGGCAAGCGGGGCGAUUCCCGCGACCGGAAAGGUGGGUCCUCUUUCGGGAAGGACGGCCCGCCGAGCAAAAGCGGCGGGAAGGGCUUUGGUGGGUACACGGCCCCGUCUUUCUUCCGGGGCAAGGAGAAUUACAAGAUCUCGCUGACCAACCUUCCGCUCGACAUGAGCUGGAUCGAGCUGAAAACCCUCGGACAGCGGGACGGGAAGGAGCCCACGUUUGCGCGCACGUUUGUGAAUCGGGACGGGAUCAACUGCGGGGUGCUGGAAUACUAUCCAAAAAAAAAGAUUGUAGGUGUAAAAACUUUUUUGAAGGACGAACAGCAUUACAAAUCUGUGUGGCAUCUUCAGAGCAAAACCUGUCAUGCGCAGAUAGUACUGGAAAACGCAGGCGCGGCUGAAUGAAUCCUGCAACGCAUCCACUCCCAGCAUGACAGACGCAAUCAUCUAUGCACGUCGCGCAUCACAAACUUACACUAACAGUGUUUUUUUCUUGGAUAAAUACCAGAAGAAGGACGAGGCGGAGGACAUUGUCAAGGAGAUGGACAACCGAAAAAUCAUAUCCUGUGCAAAAUUAUCGUACUCGUAGUAAUUGCAGUUAUGCAUUACAAAUCUCUUUCUGAAGGCAAAUCCGCAUUACAAAUCUAAUUUGUAAUGCUGACCCAAUUUGUAUUGCAAUUUAUACUACUACGAUACAACUUUUGCAAUGCAUGAAUCAAGGGCCACGAGGGACGACUCACCUGCGAAAUGGGCGACAAGUGGCGGCGUUAAGGUCUUGUUUAUUACAACGAUGCAAUGAGCCACAGCAAGUGCAAGCGGCUGAAACAAUGGACAGCACCAGCGAAAGAGGGCGGAAGUUAGAACCGCAACCUGUUCCUCGCGUGUAGUUGCGUUUCAUCAAAAUCUGACUUAACCAUCACACCAGGACCUUACUUUCACCUACGAUUGCGGAGAUGAACGAAAGUUGAUUUUUUGCCAAAGAACCAGCUGAAGCCGCAAAACACGACCGACGGAUUUUUCAGAUUCUACUACGCAGCAGUUUCUUCAUCUUCGCAGGGGACCGGCAACCGGCUGGAGAUGAAUGGUACGUAUUCACUAUUACGGUUCUCGCUUUGUAUCAAUGACUAAGCCAAUGGUAGAGCUUAUUAGGUGGACCGUUCUGUCGUCGUUUUUGAUUCAAAAUCAAAACAUAAACAAAUUAAGGUGACAUAUUCAGCUUGAAUUUCGAAUCGGACCGUGGUGGUGAUCAGCUGAGUCGCGGCGAUUAAAAAGCUUUCCCUUUGGGACAGCUUCUUGUUUGGAUCUUGAGAAUACAAAUCGAUCGAGAUGAUGACAACGUUGAUUUCUCCACGGAUAAGAGCAUUGUUUUUAUUGCCGUCUUGCAAUAGUGCUCCCAAGAACCGAACUGAUGUGAUAUCCAAGAUGAAGCGACACCAGCAUAUUUGUCACAAGAAGGCACCGCUUCAACAGCAUGGAGGGAGUAAUUACCCGCCUGCUCCCUCUCUCACCGAUGAAAACAGAUACAAAAA